AUGCCCGUCGGUAAAACCUUUACCCCGCGCGAGAUGCAAUCCGCAGGAUUGGUUUCCGACGCGGCAUGGCCCCAUGUGGUGUGUAAGCCUUGCUCGCGCAGCGCCCCGCCGACGCACCCCGCUUCCCAAACCAGCGCAUCGGAAUGCGCGUUGUCUUUUUUUAUAAUAUGCGUUACUGCCGCGUCGUCGAUGCAGAUAUGGAGUGUGGCCGGUAAAACCCCCCUUGAAAGCGAGCAGGGCCAAUCCGGCGGUCCUGGCCUCAGCCUCUAUAAUAAUAUGGGGGGGCCAGUUCCCAUGCACCCCCUGCGGCCCACACUUCCCCGCCACCCAAAAACAGCAACGCGCCCCACCCAUACAAAGGGGCGCCGGACACCAAAGCCCCUGAAGUCGGCAUAG